AUGUCAAAACAAGAAACACUCGACUCCAAGCUAUCCAACCGCGCAGAGCUACAAGAACUUGUAGACAGAAACAUCAUCAAAGAUCCUUCAAGGUUUGCUCCUGCUAUUCAAAAACAAGUGGAUGAUCUUGCUCGACGCCAAAUUGAAGACAACCUUCGCCACAAAAUUGAUAAUCGACCAACACGUGAUGAGUUGGUUGAAAACAAUAUCCUCAAAGAUUCUAGUGUGGCACCUGCAUUACAGCAAUCUCAGGCUGCUCUCGAAAAGAGCCAGUUGCAAGAUAAAAUGGAGCACAAGAUUCAUGACCGACCUGAUCCCGCUCUUUUAGUAGAGCAUGGUAUUUUGAAAGGAGACGAUAUCCCUUGA